GUAUAAUAUCGCAUCACUUUUCUCGCUAACUGACUACGAGACAGUCGCGCUCGCAGUACUACAGUAUUCAAGUGUGUUUUUAAUCGUUCGUUGCGUGCAACAUGCCACCCAAGACUAGCGGUAAGGCCGCCAAGAAAUCCGGCAAGGCGCAAAAGAACAUCUCCAAGUCCGACAAAAAGAAGAAGAAGCACAAGAGGAAGGAGAGCUACGCCAUCUACAUCUACAAAGUGCUCAAGCAGGUCCACCCAGACACCGGCAUCUCCAGCAAGGCCAUGUCCAUCAUGAACUCCUUCGUGAACGACAUAUUCGAACGCAUCGCCGCCGAAGCUUCUCGUCUGGCCCACUACAACAAGAGGUCGACUAUAACCUCCAGGGAGGUGCAGACGUCCGUGAGGCUGUUGCUGCCCGGGGAGCUGGCCAAGCACGCAGUCAGCGAAGGCACAAAGGCCGUCACCAAGUACACCAGUUCUAAGUGAGGACCCGGUGUGGACGUUGUCUAGUCUCGUCGCUUCGCUACAAUUGAUAAAAUUGAUAAUAAAAGGCCCUUUUCAGGGCCACAAAAACAUUCCUUCAUAUAAUAUUA